UCUCCAUUCAUCUCACUCCAUACCUGAAGACGCAUGCGCACUGGUGUUCCGGUCAAAGGUCGGGGCAUGAUGGCGGCGGAACUUCGGCAGGACCUGCUGGGGAGAGUGGACGGGGAGGGGUUUGAGACGCUUCUCCAUGAGAUAGUUGACUGGGUGUGCCGAGGUGCGGCCCCGUCCUACCAGCCCUACAGCCAGACCUGGGACCUGGACUCCUGGUGGCACGUCCUCAACUCAACCAAGUCGUUCCUGCUCCUGGCGGUCAAGGAAAACCUCUCCAAGGAUGGGGUGCUGGAACACCUGACAGGUUUAGACUCCGACCACCAGCAGUGCUUCCUGCAGGUCAUCACAAGUAGGAAAGAGGACAUCAGACUGGCACUGAUUUCGGCUACAGCAGCCAUCUCACAGGGGGCCUUGGAAGAUUUGGAUUGGCAAGUCAAGCUGGUGUUGUCAAGCGAUAAGAUUUCAUCAGUACAGAAGCCUGUGUUAGGCUUGGACCUGGCUGUGAACAAAGAGGGUCAGAGAGAGACCCUCAGUCUGGAGCUGUCACAGGAGGAAGUAGCUAGUCUUGUUACACAACUAGAGGCAGCAAAUAAGGUGGUCACACAGAUGAAGACAUAAUUGAUUAGACAACAGGCUGAAGAAAGCGCAACAUUAUAUCUUAAGUCUUUUAUAUAUAAUGAAGAUGAUGACCAUAAAGAAAUGAGUAAACUAUCUAAUGUAUAAUUUGCUAUACUUGCACAUAUUGUUGUCCAUUUGUGAUCCCACAGUUGCCUACACAUUGUAUUGUCAUUUACAACAGAUGGCAAAUAAAAGUAAAAAGUGGUGA